UACUCUCUUCAGUCACGUACAGUCAUGUAGACGGGACACACGAAUGAUCGAGAAAUGUAGGAGUAGAGAAAAAAUCACUUACGGAAAGCCGCAUAGUCUUGUUUACUCUGGUUUUAGCACAAGCAGGUUGAGAGGGAACAAUGGUGAAGUAUUUUAGCUGUGUGGGCUUUCUGAAGAGCUCAUGGGACCAAGUGUCUUUGGCUUUCUGGCAGAGAUACCCCAACCCCUACAGUAAUCAUGUUUUAACUGAAGACAUCAUAUUUCGGGAAGUAACUCCAGACAACUGUCUGAAAUCCAGACGUCUCUUGACCAAAACAAGCAGAGCUCCUCGCUGGGCGGAGAAGUUUCUGCCCGCUCAUAUGGCACAGAAGGCUUACAUCAUCGAGGACUCUGUGGUGGAUCCUCAGGGCAGGACCUUGACCACUCUCACCUGGAACAUCAGCCACGCGCGUGUUAUGAGUAUUGAAGAGCGUUGUGUGUACAGAGUAAAUCCUGAAAACAGCGGUUGGACUGAAAUCGAGAGACAAGCCUGGGUUUCCUCCAAGCUCUACGGCCUCUCUAGAGCAAUUCAGGAAUUUGGACUGGCCCGGUUUAAGAGCAAUGUUACAAAGACCAUGAAAGGCUUUGAGUACAUACUGGCUAAGAUGCAAGGUGAAAUGCCCACGAGGACACUUGCAGAAACCGCAACUGUGAAGGCUCGGGAAACCGCACUCGCUGCUAAGGAGAAAGCUAAAGAUUUAGCCUCUCAGGCUCAAAAGAAGCAAUAUGUAUGAUGAACACAUGGUGAAGGAGACGCAGCAGGCAUCGCAAGCAGUUCUUCCUGGAAAGAUCUGUGCUAUUCCAUCACACACAGCACAAGUUUAGAGACAUUUAGAUGGUGGAAUUAAUCAAAUCUGAAAUCUCAGCAUGCGAGUAGUGAAACCAAUGUGCUCUUCAACUGAAUUUUUCAGCAAACUUGAUUUAAUGCAGCAGCUUCCUCUUCCUGCUUCAAGUCAGAUUUUACACAAUGAGAUGUUUGCAUUUUUUUGACUGUUAAAUUAAUUUCUUAAUUUCUCUGAUUUUGUUGAUGCAUUUCCAACAUGGCCUCUCUGAAUCGUCAUGUUCACUCUUGCCGAGGUUAAUCUGCCUUGUUUAGCAAUGUGAUUCUCUGCUUCAAAUUGAAGUUGUUUCUGCAUUGACGGGUCCACGGUUCCAGCAGUCAUUGUCAGCAGGAUGUUUAGAGUGGUGCAGAGGGGCCUGAUAUUUGGCACGGGAAAGCAGAUGCCAGAAAGGAUUGCAGUGGAUGGACGGCAAUGUCCAUUUACAAGUGUUAAAGUUGUGUGUCAAUAUGUCAAAUGUCUGAAAUAAGAAAGAUUUGUUUAAUGAAACAUUAAGACUGCGGUUUUAUAGCUCCUAACAACUGUUUGUGAUCAACAGUUAUCACCAAUAAAUAUUUUCUAUCUGAAA